CUUGCUGUCAAGAGGGAGACUGGCUUUUUCUGAGUUUGUCAGCUUCCCUCCUCCCACCUAAAAUAGCAGCCAACGUGUAAAUGUGAAGUGAAAUUACGUUUAUCCAGGGGAGAGCACCGAUAUAGAGUGUCCACACGCAGCAGCAACAGACUGGCCCGGGACUAAAGCCGAGUGAGUGAGGCGCUGCUCUGUCUGUGUGUGGGGGGGAGGGGCCUGGUACUCGGGCAGGGAGCAGCACAGAGAGACCUACAGGAAGGGAGCGAAAGAAUCUCCACACAACAAAAAAAGCUUGUGGCGGCAACUGCUGAAGAGCAUAUGGUGUGUUGAGAAUACAAGAAGAAGAACUUGCGCAUAAUGUGCUAGGAGAGGCGGUGGACGGAAGUGUGUUGUGUUUGUCUGAUAUCGUCCGAGGGCCAGAGAGACGGGAAAAGGAAAGAGCCAUGGGUCGGAAGAAGAUACAGAUUACCAGGAUCAUGGAUGAAAGGAACAGACAGGUUACCUUCACAAAGAGGAAGUUUGGAUUGAUGAAGAAAGCCUAUGAGCUGAGCGUACUGUGCGACUGCGAGAUAGCCCUCAUCAUUUUCAACAGCUCCAACAAACUGUUCCAGUAUGCCAGCACAGACAUGGACAAAGUGCUGCUGAAGUAUACAGAGUACAACGAGCCCCACGAGAGCAGAACCAACUCUGACAUUGUCGAGAAAUUAAGAAACAAAGGCCAUAAUGACUGUGCUAGCCCUGAUCCCGAAGACUGUUUCGGGCACAGUCCCCUCAUGGAUGACCAUUUCGGCAAACUAAACGAAGAGAGUGAUUUAAUGUACAAGCGCUGUGGUGCGCUAAACAAGAAAGAACACAGAGGUUGUGAUAGCCCGGAUCCUGAUGCCUCAUAUGUCCUCACUCCUCACACUGAAGAAAAGUAUAAAAAAAUUAAUGAGGAGUUUGAUAAUAUGAUGAGAAAUCAUAAAAUCCCUACAGCGUUGCCUCAGCAGAACUUCUCCAUGCAUGUGGCGGUGCCGGUGUCCAAUCCUAAUGCCAUGUACCAGCCAGGAGGGACUCUGGGCAGCCAGACUUUACCAGCGGCCGCAGCCUCCCUGACUGACAAUGGGAUGCUGUCCCCGCCGCAUGCCUCUUUGCAUAGGAACGUGGGCUCCAGUGGAGGGCCCCAGAGGCCCACAAGUGCAGGCAUGCUGGAUACCACAGACCUCUCAGUGCCAAGCGAUGUGGGCUCCAGCCCAGCGGGGAACGGUUUUGUUAACCCCAGGGGCUCCCCGGGCCUCCUCAACACACCCAGCGGCAACGGCCUGGGUAAAGUCAUGCCUACGAAGUCUCCACCACCCCCUGGAGGGAACAUGGGAAUGGGAAGCCGCAAGCCAGACCUAAGGGUUGUUAUCCCUCCAUCUAGCAAAGGGAUGAUGCCCCCGCUGUCAGAGGAAGAGGAAAUGGAUUUGAAUACACAUAGGAUAAGCAGCUCCCAGUCCACCCAGCCACUGGCCACUCCAGUGGUGUCUGUCACCACCCCCAGCUUACCUCCACAAGGCCUGGUCUACUCAGGCAUGCCCACCUCCUACAACCCUGCAGAGUAUUCCCUGAGCAGUGCAGAGAUCUCCUCCCUGCAGGGCUUUGGCUCUCCUGGGCUGUCACUGGGCUCCAUGUCUGCAUGGCAACAGCAUCAACUUGGACAGGCAGCGCUUAAUUCUUUGGUCAGCGGUGGAGGCCACCUACCUCAAGGCUCCAACCUCUCCAUCAACACCAGCCAGAGCAUCAACAUCAAAUCCGAGCCCAUCUCUCCGCCACGGGAGCGCGUCACCCCCUCCAGUUUCCCCCCGCAGCAGCCGCCUCCGCAAGGGUCCGGCCGACAGGAGGGGCUGGGACGCUCGCCCGCCGACAGCCUGAGCUCCUCCUGCAGCUCCUACGACGGAAGCGAUCGAGAGGACCACCGGGCGGACUUCCACUUGCCUCUCGCCGGCUUGGGUCGACCCCCGGCCGCUGGAGCCGGCGACAGGGAGAACCCCUCCGUCAAGCGUUUGCGCAUGGACACGUGGGUGACAUAGAGGAAACGAGGCCGGUCGGAAUGAAGGCGAAGGUCCUGAGCGCUCUAUGAUAUCAUUAUUCAACCCCAGUUCAGUUGUACAUUCAGCAGGUACUGUCAGGCACAAGGCGCCGCUCACAUGACGUCUGCAGAGGUUACAAUACGUGCUAGAUUGUUUUUAGACACUUAUAUUAUGUCGUUGAUGUUUCGCUGUUGUGCUCGCAAGCAAUCAGAGGAUUUUUCACCGAAAGAUGUCAUUGCUGUAACCACACACACACACCUUUUAUCCCCUGUGGCCUCUAAUUUAUUGAUUCAGUAAGGAAAGGAAUUCAUCGCAAUAAUGACACAGUGUUCAUGUUGCUUUUACGGUUAAAGGAGCAUUAAAUGUGCAAUGAAGGUCAACCUGCCCAGUUGAACAGGUGACAAAAUCAUCAUCUUCAUCAGUUAAUACAAGCCAAAGCUUCUUCUGUUGUUCCACUUGUAGCGUCGCCACGUCAAGCCAUUCAAUUCUUUCAUCAAAUCUUUCUUUCAUGUAAAUAGCCACUUUCAUGUUUGUGGCGCACAUUUGAAAAUGUGCUAUGAAGAAAAAAAAAAAGACAUAUUUUUGUGGAUGACAGCCAAGUUUACAAGUUUAGACCCUGAAAGUACAUCACUUUACUGCCAAGUGGUCAAUUACAUUUUUAUUAUAGUGGCGACUACGUUUUUGUUUCGAUACAAUGCUGUUAGGUUGCUACACAGCUGUCAUUUGUUGUGAAUGUGUUACUGUUGCAGCCUACACAUUGCCAAACACACGUUGACUAAUCAUCGAGUGGAGUAAUGGGUGACUUUUCCCCUUCUGUGUCAGCACACAAGCAAAUCAUUCAGCAAGAUCGUUCUCACAAAUGGAUAGGGGGGUAUCAUUCUGCUUUGGCUGUCUGCACUUGCUCUUUUGCGCUACUCUUUGCAUCCAUUAUCAGCCUCCAUGGUAUAGGACACACCCCAUAGUAAUAAUAAUCUAUGCAGCACCAAAUCACAUGACUAAUCCAGAUAUGUAUGAUGUCAAUGCAGGUGGAGGCAUUUUUAAGGAAGACCUGCACAUAGACUGUUAGCCUCUUUUAUUCGUAAGUGCCAUUGCUACAUGAAUUGUUUUGAUAACUUGGGUAAGUCCACAUUUCCAUAUACACUUUUAUGUACAGUGGAACCAAAUCUGUAGGGAAAAGUGGAUUAAUCUGAUAAACCAGACUCAAACUGUUGCCAUCGUUAUUAACCUAAAGGUGACUUUUAAAUGGUUAAAAUUGUUAUUUAAUCAGAAGUUGUUAUAAUAUUUUUUUUUAAAUAUAUUGUUUCGUUUGAAAUGGGGGAAAAAUAUAAAUAUAUAUAUAUAUUUUUACAGAAAAUAAUGCGUUGAAAAUCAAUAUUUCUGCCAAUCAUUGACCCAUCAAAGUCCUAACGGUAAUAUACAGAAAAAUGGAAAUUAUUUUCUUUUUAAGUUAACAUGCUGGCCUUUCUAGAGUUAAAAAGAAAACAAAUAUAAUUAGUAUUUAACAUGUGUAGUUAAUACAAUUUAAAACCUAAAACUUGUUUAAAGUAGUAUUUAGUAGUAUUUUAUAUAUAUUUGGAGUGGUUUUUGGGCAGCAAACAUUUUUUGUUGUGAACACCAGAAUUUUUUUUAUGUAUUUCAUGGAUUUUUUUUUUUU